GCGUAUUAAACACAGGCUUAACACAGCUAAUCCCAGCACCAAAGCUGGAAGUUACGUAAAUGUCAUGUUGGAUCACCUUACACAACCUGCAGUAUUCCCUUUAGCAGUUAGGUGGUGCUACAUGUACAUUACUAACACCCUAACAUAUGUGGUACCUUAUGUCAGAACCAUAAUAAGGAACGUUGUACUCAGAGCAAUGUUCUUCCUGUUGCUGACUAAAAAAACAUCACAGUACUCAGAGAAAAAAAUUGUUGACCUUCUUUCUGUUGGAAUCAAUGUACAUUCUUAUAUUGAUUUUGUACCACUUUACCAACAUCAACAGAACCUUUUCUUGUCCCAGUUUACCACACAUUACUUGCCAGUGAAAUUCACCAAUGAAUCAUUUUGCUAACAGAUUGAUUACCUCUUGAACUUACACUAAACAGAGAGAUAAAACUUUAUGGCUGUAUCAAGACGUAAGUGCCCCGCCUCAGCCCCCAAUCACGCACAACUAUAAACAAGGCCGCCAUACGGUGCAAAUAUGGGAACUAAUUUAAGCCCAGGAGUGCUGUCAUAUAUAGUCUUGGCAGUACUUGGCUCAGAUAGUUGUUGAAAAGACGUCACACUAUGGCAUGUCAGUUUUGCUCCUCCAAGACUGUGACUGGUUUAAGUUCACACUACACUAUUAGGGCUGUACCAGAAGACUGCAAGAGACCCUCCUGAAGUGGUUUCUUUGUUUGCUGACCUUCUUCAAGUGCAGCAAGAGGAAGACUCAUUUCGCAGGGGGCGGGAAGCGCUUUGCCUCUAGCGUGUGCAUGUUGAGAAUGAGAAGCAACAGCAGCGGUACAGAGUUUUCUUGGCUGACUCGAUCUGGACAAAAAUAAGUCUCAACUGUUAACAGCUUUUUUGCUGACCGGAUUAAGAUCUCUCACACCAUGGACCCGCUGCACAUUGCGAACCACGUCUACUACACCGUGCUCGCAGCGUUCGGACUGCCCGCCAACAUCCUGUCCAUAUGGAUCCUGGUGCAGCGACGGAAGCAGCCUGGCGAGAGGAAGUCCACGUCCAGUCUUUACCUGUCUGCCCUGGCCAUCGCCGACUCGCUUGUUCUGACCUUCAUCGUUAUCAUAGAGCGGGUCGUUCACUCUUUGAUCCUGGGCAGUCGAGUGUCCUUUGGUCUCUUCUGUCCGUGGCUGAUAUGGCUGGACUACGGUGCCCACAAUGCAUCCAUAUGGAUCAUCGUGGCCUACACGACCGAGCGCUUCAUAGCCGUGCACUACCCCAUAUGGAGACACAGGGUGUGCAAGCCGUCCACAGCGAAGGCCAACAUUGCUGUAGUGUUUGCGCUGUCUUACCUGUUCACUUUGCCUCACUUCUUCUCGGAGGAGCCCAAGACUUUUGUGAGUGGGAAUGCCACAUUUUUUGUGUGCGACCUCAGAGAAGACAUAUCAGCGGAGUACAGACUGACACUGAUAUGGGGACAGAGUACACUAUCUUUCUUCCUCCCCUUUGUGUUCAUUAUAGUCCAGAACGGAAUGAUCAUACAUCGUCUCAGGGGACUCAGAAGAGUGCAAACCAGCGUAACCAUGUGCGGAAACAAUGGACUUAAACAUUCAGGCCCUGCUGUUGAAAGAGAUGACAACUCCGAAGCAAGUAACAGCAGAAGAGCACAGAAUAUAAUGCCAUGUGAGGCCCUCCCCUCUCAACCGCUGCGCGAGUCACCAAGGCUGGAACCUACUCAAGGCACCAGACCGAGAUCUGAUACUGAUAUUGAGACACAGGAAAGACCAAGGCUGCUAACCACUGGCAGUGUAGCAAACCCAAGACAGGCUCGUGCAAAAGUUUCCACAAUUACAAACAUACAGCUACGACCAUCGACCCGCAUAUCCAACAAGCCUGUAUACAUCCUCCUCGCCAUCAGCUCGGUCUUCGUCCUGCUGUGGACGCCACGACUUGUUUAUUUGUUGAUCUUGCGCGUAAACAACAUCGACAGGCACGGAGAUCUCUCCUGGAGGUUGGGCUCAGACAUCUCCAACAUGUUGGGCCUGCUGAACUCCUCCAUCAACAUCUUCCUGUACUGUUUUGUAGACAAGCGGUUCCGUGGGGACCUCAUGAGGAUCCUAACCUGCGGACGGAGGCAGUCAGCACCAGUGGCGGCAAACAUGCUACGAAAUGACACCCUCUGCGGUGACAGCAUUGCUCCGAAACACUGAUGCAAUGAGCAGCAAUGUCGUGAUUUAAAUUUCUGUAAAUGCUGAAGGUAGCUUGUGUCGAUAAUUCAUCUGUCCAUGAUACAACAUAGCUUUGGUGUAGUCCUUGACUUAAAGUUGACAAUAAAGUUGUGAUUCAGCCAACCAUUAUUACACUUUGAACUACUCUGUAACACAUAGAUUGAGAUUUCUGUGGGGUGGGUCUAGUGUACGCUAGGAUGUAACACUAAUAUUUUAUAAAGCAUUUGUUAGGUCAGUUCAAAUGGACAACGGAGAGGAAACUUCAUCUAUUAGUGUUUAUACAUAUGAGGCUAACACCUGUUGUAUACAUGUACUUGUAAAGUCACUGUUAGCCUUUCUACUUAUGGGACUCGUAUGCUUUAUUGCACCUCCAAUAAAUGGCACUGUAAUGAAGAUGUAUGAGCACUAUGGUAUUGCCUUGAUUGUUUCGUAUUCCUUGCUCUAAGCAACAGGGGAAUUGUUGAUUCCCAUCAAACACUUCAAACCUAAGGUUGUUUCCUUUUUUCAGAGGAAGGCAAAAAAAAAAGAAAUUUACAGCUUGUCUUGACAAAUUUCCUUCAACCAUCAAUGUGACCACGCAUCCAGUCUAGUGUGGGUUGGCCAGGCUUUCUUUGUGGCAGUAUCUUUGGCACUCAGUCCAAAUGUACUAGUUUUAUGCAGUGGGAGUUUGGGGCAGACUGCUACUAUGUAAAACUCCUACUGGAUGCAAACGACAACCCUAGUGGCAGAAAGCCAAUCAUGUAGCAGACUAGAUGCCAUGAAACCCACAAUGUUAUUGCCACCUUUCCCCUAUCCAUAAUCUUUCUGUACUGCUCAAUGUUUUGUGUCCUAUUUGUACUAAACAAAUCUUCCAGUAUGUUCAUCUCCACCAAAUGAACUUCUUGUUUGUGCUUAAAACUGUAAGAACACAUGUACAGGUUGGACCAUGUUAUGGUAAGGGA